AUGAAGUAUAUGAACACAGAUGCAUACCGAUUCUCCAUCUCUUGGCCAAGGAUAUUGCCAAAAGGAAAAGUAAGCGUAGGUAUCAACCAAGAAGGAAUCAAAUAUUACAACAACCUCAUCAAUGAGCUACUCGAUAAUGGUCUAGUACCAUUUGUAACCCUUUUCCAUUGGGAUCUUCCCCAAGCCUUACAAGACGAGUACGAAGGUUUCUUGAGCCCCAAUAUCAUAAAUGAUUUUCAGGACUAUGCAGAGCUAUGCUUCAAGGAAUUUGGAGACAGAGUGAACCAUUGGAUUACUCUUAAUGAGCCGCACUCUUACAGUAUGGGUACAGAUCCCUACAUGGCCUCACACAACCAACUCCUCGCUCAUGCAGCCGCUGUCAAAAUUUAUAGAACCAAUUAUCAGUUGCUCGGUCCAAUUGAUGGAACUCGUGGAUUUCUGAAAAAUAACUCAGUAUUAUAUGUGACAUUUGAUAAAGCUUUCAUCUAG